AUGCGUAGCUUUCAGCUAUUAAAUGAGAAUAUAGAAGUUUUUGGAAAUUACGAUAAAAAUUCUAAAUCUUAUACUUGGCUCAUAAAAGAAGUACAACCCCAAAUAGUUAAGUGGAAGGAACAAUAUUUAAGCAAUAAUACAAAUAAGUCUAUGGCUGUUAAGGACUCUCUGAUAUUAGUUCCAUUAAGUAGAUAUUAUACUAAAUAUAAUGAAUUAAAAUUAAAAUAUGGGAAGGAAAUGGUGAAGAUAUGGCCUGAGAAUACUGACCCCAUUAAGUUUGUUUACGAGGAUGUGGCUAUAGCUACCUAUUUACUUCUUCUUUGGGAUGAAAAGCAGACUAGUCAGUCUGAACACACAAAAAAAGCUGUAAAUUUUGUUGAUGUGGGCUGUGGAAAUGGUCUGCUUGUAUAUAUUUUAACAAAAGAAGGACACAGGGGAUUAGGAGUGGAUGUACGUAAAAGAAAAAUAUGGGACAUGUAUGAAGAUAACAUAAAUCUUCAAGAAAACACAGUUACACCAGAAAAUUUGCAAAUGUUUGCUGAAUAUGACUGGAUAAUUGGCAAUCAUUCAGAUGAACUCACACCAUGGAUACCAGUUAUAGCCACUUUAUCUUCUUACACAUGCAAUUUCCUUUUACUUCCUUGCUGUGCCUACAAUUUUAAUGAAGCAGAUAAUGAAAAACCAAAUAUCACUACUUCUGAUUCUACUCAUACUCACGAAUCAAAUGCAGAACCGGAAGAUAAAUGGCUGAUAAGAGAGUGUGACAUAUAUAAAGAGGAAUACAAAGAGUGUACCAGCUUUAGGGGAAGAUUUCAACAGUACUUUGUUUAUGGUGAACUUCAGGAUUGCAAACAAUGGAAGAAAGAUUAUGAUAAUUGUUGCAAGUGGGAAGAUUAUAAAGAAUUAAAAGCUGCAGAAGCUUUAAUAAAAAGUGAAAAAAAUCGUCGCAUGGAAAGAUUAAGAGCACACUAUAGGAAUGACACUUGGAAGAAACGGGAGUCUCCGCCAGCGGAUUGGGAUAAACCGUUGCCAGAAUGGAUGGCUAAGAGAGAUGAAAAUACAUACCUUGCUUACAAGUCCAAAGAAAUGAAGGAGGGAGUAUCAGAAAAAGAUAAAAACGGAGUUUGUGCGAUCAUG